AAAAGCCAUUUACUUUUUUAAUCUUACUUGGAUGGAUUAAUUGACCUCUUCAUUCUCAAUGUUACAAGACAGCAUUGCUGCAGAAUUUUUGGAUAGGCUCGUAAAAUGGACCGAAAACAUUAAAAUUUCAGAUCCCUUGGAGGAUGAUUGUAAACUCGGUCCACUUGUUAGUCAAGGACAAGUAAGAAACCUACUUGGCUACUUUUAGAUUGCAGAAGUUACUUCUUUAUGAAAAGGUGAUGAAAUGCAUCUCAACAGCCAGAAGUGAAGGUGCAACCAUUUUGUAUGGUGGCCAGCGUCCUGAGCAUUUGAAAAAGGGGUAUUACAUUGAACCAACCAUCAUAACUGACGUAAAUACGAACAUGCAAAUCUGGAGAGAGGAAGUAUUUGGGCCCGUUCUUUGUGUCAAGACAUUUAAAACUGAAGUUGAAGCCAUUGAGCUAGCAAAUGACACCCAAUAUGGUUUGGGUGCUGCGGUCUUGUCAAAAGAUCUCGCAAGAUGCGAGCGAUUGACAAAGGCUUUCCAGUCAGGUAUAGUCUGGAUCAACUGCUCACAGCCAUGCUUUUGGCAACCUCCUUGGGGAGGAAAGAAGCGUAGUGGUUUUGGUCGUGAACUAGGGGAAUGGGGACUAGAAAACUACUUGAACAUCAAUCAGGUUACACAGUACGUGUCGGAUGAGGCUUGGGGUUUUUACAAGUCUCCUUCAAAGCUGUGAAAAGAGACAAGACAUGAACAACUUCUGCUGUCUGUCUGUUACAGUGGAACACCAUGAAACUACCAACACAUAU